UACGCUUCACACGACAGUCAUUCACCCAGUCACAAAUGGGUGACACAGGUGCAGCUCCUAUGAUGAUGGCUGAGUUGAUGGGGUACUAUGUAACGGUCCUUUCAGCUGUGGUCUUCUGGUCUCUGCCUUAUAAUACAUCUUCCCUCAAUCUGGAUGAUCCAAAUGUCUGCAGUCACUGGGAGAGUUACUCAAGGAUGGUGACGGAGUCUUAUGCUCAUCGUUUUGAUCAGAUUUAUUACACCAACUGUCCAGACAUCCUCAAGUGGUUCAAGUGCACCACAUACAGGGAGAUGUAUCGGGCAGCUUAUCGCAGAGGAGAGAAAAUCAUGUACAGGAUAAAGUCACAGUGUUGCCCAGGCUUCUUUGAAAUUGGAGAGAUGUGUUCUCCACACUGUGAAGACAGCUGUGUUCACGGCAGUUGUAUGGCACCCAACACCUGUCGAUGUGAACCAGGCUGGGGGGGUUCCAACUGUUCCAGUGCUUGUGACAGUGAUCACUGGGGCCCCCACUGCAGCAAUAGAUGUCAAUGUAAGAAUGGAGCACUAUGUAACCCUAUCACUGGAUCCUGUAUCUGCACUCCUGGAUACAGAGGCUGGCGCUGUGAGGCCCAAUGUGAAAGUGGCUCUUAUGGAAAUGGGUGUCAAUGGACAUGUCAAUGCCAAAAUGGGGCCAUCUGUCAUCAUGUCACUGGAGAAUGCAAUUGUUCACCAGGAUACACAGGAACCUUGUGCCAGGAUGAGUGUCCAGUUGGUACUUUUGGUGCUGGCUGUGCAAAGACCUGUCACUGUAUGAACAACAGUAAGUGCGUUCAUAUCAACGGAACGUGCCUGUGUGAUGCCGGACACACAGGAGAAAAAUGUGAUAUCCGCUUGUGUCCUGAAAACCGUUAUGGUUUAAGAUGCAAAAAGAAUUGUCCAUGCCACGUCCCAAGAACUCUAAGAUGCCACCCAGUGUCAGGGGAGUGCACAUGUCAGGCUGGUUGGUCAGGACUCUUUUGCAAUGAGACGUGCACACCAGGAUUUUAUGGCAAAUCUUGCAGUGACUUGUGUCAGUGCCAGAAUGGAGCUAACUGCCACAGUGUGACUGGAGAAUGUAUCUGUGCUCCUGGCUUUAUGGGUUCCAAGUGUGCAGUCCCAUGCCCAGCUGGGGCAUAUGGAGUAAACUGUUCUGCAACCUGCAAAUGUAAGAAUGGAGUGCAGUGCUCCCCUGUUGAUGGAUCCUGUUCCUGUACACCAGGUCACUGCGACAGUGUGUGUGCAGAAGGAUGGUGGGGGCCAAACUGUUCGCUGCCAUGUAAUUGUAAGAAUGGGACCUCCUGUUCUCCAGACAAAGGAACCUGUGAGUGUGCACCUGGAUACAAGGGCAUCUCCUGUCAGAAAAGUGGUGUAGUGGUGUUUGGAAGUUUCAACAAUUUGACCAGCGCAUCCUUACAUGUAGAUACCUACCAGAUAGGAGUCAUUGCUGGAAUCAUAGUUCUAGUGUUUUUGGUACUUCUUGCCCUGGCCCUUUUCAUCAUCUACCGAAAUAAACAGAAGAGUAAAGAGGCAACCAUGCCAGCUGUUAUCUACACUCCUGCUAUCAGAGUCACAUCUAAUUAUACUAUGGCAGAUACUUACACUCCAUCAAAUGAAGGCCACCCCAGCAACUACUUUUCCAACCCCAGUUACCAUACCCUUACCCAAUGCAUCAGUCUGCCUCAUGUCAAGAGUGGUCAAUGUGCAAAGGCCAGUAGCAAUCUGUUUCCUAACAUGGAGAAUGUGGCUCUUGGUGCUCAUACUGGAACCAGGCUUAGUAACUGGAAACAAGGGGUCCACUUCAAUGAACUGGGCGCCUGUGGAGUUGACAUGACUUGCAUUGGAAAAUCACUGCAAGACAUGGUAAAGGGUGCUGACUAUCUUGCAAGUUCCUCUUCUCUUGUCAGUUCCGAAAACCCAUAUGCCACAAUAAAGGACCCCCCCUCGCCAACAUCCAAAAACACUGAAAGUAGCUAUAUGGAAAUGAAAUCACCCACCAGGAGAGAUUCAGCAUAUGCAGAAAUUAGUGACGCCAGUCCGACUAAUAGCCAGAAGGUUGAUAAAACGGAGAUGUAUACCAAAACCAUCCAACCCACUGGAGUAAAUGACACCCAUCUGCUGUUUGGGAAGGAGCCAAUUGACCAGGCAAAAAACAACCACAUCUGUGAUUAUGACACCCUGCCACCCACAGAAAGCUUUUUGUCAGAGACCAAUGAGGUGGAUUAUAAGUAAAGGCAAAGAGACUCAGAACCAAGACCAGCUCUCAAGUCCUGUCUUUGGUUCCUGCACUGGAUGAUCUUUCUUAAAUAUUCCUGGAGUAUGUAUUAUUAUUGUUGUUUUCAUUAUUAGUUUUUAUUCAUAUCAAUAUGUCUGAUAUUAUUCCUUUCUAUCAUGUGAAUCUGUGAUAGAGUCCUUCUAUUUAUUAGUACCCUUUGUGUAAAGGAAUUGUGAUGUAAAUCUUUCCUUUUCAUUGAAAAGGGAAGAUUUUUACUUUUUCAGUUAUUCUUAUGUAUAAAUGUUACUUUUAAUCUUGUGUGUGCUUUGCUUUUUUAUAGAGUGUUAAAUAUUUACCCACAAACUUAGAAAAUUUGGAUUUUAGGAAAAAUUUAUGGAAAAUAAAAGGUUCAUGUCACAAUGAAACACGUAUGGCGACGUUCAUACUGCGGCCUGAAGCGACCCAGAUCCGAUAUUUUUUUUUUUGCCUUCAUGUGACCUGUAUCUAAUCUUUUCAUGACCAUCCCAAUAACGCAAAUCAGAUUUUUACAAAUGCAAUUAGGAUAUGUGGUCAUGUAUAAAAGAGUGCAGAGCUUUCACACUAAAAACUGGCGUACAGACAAAAUGGCACUCAAAAAAGGGGUUUUUAGGAAUCAUACAAUCACCUCACAAAAAAUAAAAAUAAAUCGUAAAGAAAAAAAUUCAAAUAAAAAAAUGAAAAUAAGUGGAAAUUCUUGUUUGAACAGCAGUGUUCAGCUAGGAUAAUAGGAAAACAGCGUGCCACAAAGACCUUUGUCUCAGACAAACAGUGUGGGGAAUGUGGGAGUUAAAUCUUAACAGAUGAAUCGUGUAUAAGUUGCACAUUUUUAGAAUAGAGAUGCUUCGUAUUUAUAAAGACCCAUUCAGAAAGAUGAAAGCUGGCAUGGAUCGACUGAAGAAUCACUGUGUGUUGGCACAAGGUUCAUUCACUGUAUUCACUCGCAUGUUUGAAGAGGAAAAAUAAAAACUUCCACAGCGCUCCGAAAUAAGGAUCCAAACAAAAAUGUAUUCCACAGUUUUGCAUGUUAUUCUUUACAAGAGCAGUUGAAUCUUAGCUAACCUCCACAAACAACUACGGUUGAAAAACCAUGUGGCUCUGCAGAUAUAACUUGCAGCGCUUUUCCUUUCUCUCUCGUUAAAGCUCCAGGUGCACACCUCAUUUGCAUAAAUUGCAAAAUGGACACUUAAGCUAUAAACAUACAACUUAAAAUAAAACACUCAUUGACAACAAACAUUACAAAAUUAGCUACAUGCAGUACUAAUAAUUUUAUCUAAUCCUCAACAAAUGUUGAGGAUUAGAUAAAUGUUGAGGAUGUUUUAACAGUAACUGAAUAUUACUUUACAUUUACUUGGCCUCCACAGACUGGAUAACCUGCCUGCAGAUCUCUAAGAACCAUCAUCAUUUCCCAGCAAAAUGUUAAUCAAAUGCUCCAUCUGAAUCCUUCUAUUUGUGAUGUUCUUCAUUAGAGCCAAACGUUUCACAAUUACGCGGCUUGCAUAAUUAUGAAAUUAUGCGAGCUGUAAGUUGUAAGUUGGGUGAUUGUCUACACCAGGGGUGCUCAAAACGUCGUAUACUCCCAGAAACAGCUGCUGGCCUCAGGUUUGCAACCAGCUUCUGACUGAGAAACCAGUGACCUGCUCUCAGUGUCAGAAUCUCACUGAGGAAGAAACUGCAUUAGGUUUUCUAUCACUUUAUCAUUUCUGAUGUAACUGAUGUAUAUUUGCAUAGAAAAUGAGUCAAUAGGGUUUCAUUAAUAAUUUGUAUGUCUUCAUGUCAUGGGUAGAUCUCAGCCGGCUGGUGAGAGAAAAAGUAGAUCUUGGUCUCAAAAAGUUUGAGCACCCCUGGUCUACACACUGAUCAAUUUAAAAAUAGUCAAACCAGUUUGGAGAUGAUCUGCUGAUCCAACUUGCAUAUAAUUGCUGAAUUUACUAUUUACAUUCAAGUGAGGUUUUCACAUCAUUUUAUUUUUAUUUUAUUAAUUUUGUAUGUUUUUUAUGUUACUGUCAUAUAUGGUUCAGUUUUAUUGUUUACA